AUGGACAGUUGCAGUACACUGCAGCAAACGCUAGCUAGCGAGCUGGCAGAAAUCAAUGCCCAGACAGAUGAUGAGGACGAAGACGACCCUCUCCUUGAUCAUAUCACAGUACGAACUAGCAAGCCUAGCACGCCAAGCACGCAUAGCACGUCUAGUAGGCCUGGCACGCCUAGCACGGUGGAUGCGACAUCUACACGAGAGCCGUCCUACGAGGCCGAUUCCGCAUCCAAAGGGCCAACAGGGCAUUUGCCUACCCCUGAGCUAGAGGACGAUGCAGCGCCAUAUGCAGGUGCUGAAACAGAUGCAGAAACAGACACAGAUGCAACACACGAUGCAGCGCUAAAUGCUGCCCCAGAUGCGGCCCCGGCGGCCCCGUAUGCAGCAAUAGCAGCCCUGAGGCAGCCCCUGAGGCAGCCCCUGAUUCUCGUCCGAGACGGCAGCGAACAGCCGUCACGUACAACAUCAACGACCUCUCAUCUCAAUCGGUCAAUCAACGGCCUAGACAACGAGGGGCAGGCCGUGGCAACCACCACGAUGCUGCUAUGA